AUGAAGAUUUGGUGUGAUGUGUGUGAUAAAGAAGAAGCAUCAGUGUUUUGUUCUGCAGAUGAAGCAGCUCUUUGUAAUGGUUGUGAUCGUAAUGUUCAUUUCGCCAAUAAACUCGCCGGAAAACAUCUCCGAUUCUCUCUCACUUCUCAUACUUUCAAAGAUGCUCCUCUCUGUGAUAUUUGCGGGGAGAGACGUGCAUUAUUAUUUUGCCAAGAAGAUAGAGCGAUACUAUGCAGAGAAUGUGACGUUCCAAUACAUCAAGCUAAUGAACACACUAAGAAACACAAUAGAUUCCUCCUCACCGGGGUCAAGAUUUCCGCCUCUCCGUCCACCUACCCGAGAGCUUCCAAUUCCAACUCCGCUGUUGCAUCGGGUCGGGCCAAAACCCGACCCAAAUCAGUAUCGGGGGAGGUCCCGAGUUUGGCCUCUAAUGAGGUCUUUACGAGUUCUCCCUCGACGACUACGAGCAAUUACUAUUACGGGCUAGAGGAAAACUAUCACCAAGUGAGCGAUUCGGGUUCUGGAUCGGGUUGUACGGGUACGGGAAGUAUAUCAGAGUAUUUGAUGGAGACAUUACCGGGUUGGAGAGUGGAGGAUUUGCUUGAACAUCCUUCUUGUGUUUCCUAUGAGGAUAACAUUAUUAGUACUAAUAACAACAACAAUGAGUCUUAUAGGGUUUAUGAUGGUUCUUCACAAUACCAUCAUCAAGGGUUUUGGGAACAAAAACCUUUUUCAUGA